AUGUCAAGAAACCAAGAAAUAUACAAAAGGAGAGUGCAUGCAUUUAAUUUGGCAAUUUAUCUUUGUCCUUCCAACCCAACACUCUUUCCCAUUCAACAUCUCAAUGAAAAGUUCGAUGGCACAGACUUUGGAUUUUGGAGGAUGCAAAUUGAGGAUUAUCUCUAUGGGAAGAAGUUACAUUUGCCACUUCUAGGAGAAAAACCUGUGACUAUGAAGGAUGAAGAAUGGACUCUCCUUAACAGACAGGUACUUGCAGUUAUCAAACUAACUUUGUUUAGGUUUGUUGCACAUAAUGUUGUAAAGGAGAAGGCCACAUCAAAUCUGAUGAAGGUUUUGUCAGAUAUGUAUGAAAAGUCAUCUGCAAAUAACAAGGCAUCUAAUGAAGAAACUAUUUAAUUUAAAGAUGGUUAA